CUUCACGCCCCUCCUCCAGGUGAUGCUUCAUCGGCAUGCUGCGCGCCCUGCUGCUGUGGCUUCCUUUUGUGCGGGCAGACUCGAUGUCCACUGCCCUCGCGCUCCUCCACCAACCCGGCGUAGUGGUUGACGUGGGUGCAAACGGCGGGCAGCAGACUCGAGCCGCGCUGGACGCCGGUCACACCGUCUUUGCCUUUGAGUGCUUGCCGUCAGCAUACGAGGUCGUGCGCAAGAUGUUUGAGCACAACCUGCAGGCGCACGUGAUCAAUGCGUGCGUCUCAAAUCAGACGGGCUUGGGCACGCUGCACCUCGCGGGCUCAUCGUCGUCUCUGUUUGCGGAGAACUUGGAGAACCCGCAGGAGCAGCGCAAGGCGCAGCGGGAGGCCCGCAAAUCGGUGAGGGUGGUCCGCGUGCCCCUUGACGAGCUCAUCGACAGGUCGGCUGGUCCCAUCUCGCUGAUCAAAGUCGACGUGCAGGGCGCUGAGUACGAGGUGUUCAGCGGAGCCCAGCGCCUUCUCCGGCGUGACCUCCCCGUCGUGCUGUACGAGGAAUCCGACAGCAUGGGCGCGGUGGACCCGAAAAACUACCCGCGCGGCUUCCGGACAAGCGGCUCGGUGCGCAGUCUGCUCGCUGCCCUCGGCUACACGUGUCGCCCCGUCCGGGGGCGCGGAGCUGGCGAGGGCAUGUUCGACGUGCUUUGCGAGGCGCUGCGUUCCGAGGCCCCAGCAAGCGCACUUCUUACAGGCGCCAUAAAGGUCGCUCAACGCGCAGCGGCGCGUGGGUAAGGGUCGUUGG